AAAACAUGGUAGAAUAAGCAGUGCUUUUACGGUCCAUUCAUUGCAGACAAAGCGGAAAACCCAUGUUGCGCAUGCGCACUUCGAUCCUGUAUUCUUUAACAUGUACGGCAAAAAGCACAAAUCUGCUGUGCCUUUUGACGUAAAUAUGUUAUGCCCGUAAUCAUCUCCGUUACGUAUCAGACAUGGACCAAUUAAAAUCGAGAUAUUCCUGGACAUUUGCGUAGCUAACGUCAUUACACCACAGCUAGCCAAAUUCAAAAUCAAAAUGACAGCACCGGCCGUAAUCACGGAAUUAAGAAAUUUUUCCAAGCUCGAUUUUAAUUCCAAAUAUGAGUUAAUUGCAAGAGGGAGGUCUUCGCCAGCCUUAGAUGGACUAGUACAGCAAAAGGGCCCAAAACUUAUCCGAUCAUUUCAAACUGAUUGUCUGGUUAAAGAACAUGAGCGACGUCUCCACACCGCCACCUUUAAUAAAGAUUUGUAAUGGGAACGGACCUCCAGUCUGUUCUUCAGUUCGGUCAAACCCUCAAAAUGAUCUUCCUUCCAUGUAUGAAGCUAUGCCAGAUGAACUGUGCAAGCUACCUGGAAGACUACGGAUUAAUCCUUCUCUGUGGGAUACAGAGGAUGUGAAUCUCUGGCUGCGAUGGGCUCAGAGGGAAUAUUCUCUGCGACGUGCGGACCACCAGAGAUUUGAGAUGAAUGGAAAAGCACUCUGUCUCCUCACCAAAGAGGAUUUCCGUCUCCGCUGUCCCAGUUCUGGUGAUGUACUCUAUGAACUCCUUCAACAUGUGAAGCAACAGAGGAGAUGUGCUAUCUUCAGUCCACUAUCCAGCUCCAACACACUGUCACAACAGAUACUUGCCUCGCAUGGAAUGGCAGGUCCUUGCAUUCCCACUGACAGAGCUGUUCCUGUUUGUACUGUGAAUCCAAAUUCACAAGUGUCAACAGCUGGCUGGAGCAGCGAUAAGUGCCAGGAGGGGAAACCUAGAUGUGUUGACUCUGGGCAUCUACAGGACAAUCAAACAGUGCUUUCUCAUCAUUCUCCUGAGGAAAAUAUGCAGCAGGUGUCUCCAGACAAAAAGACUGGAGAACUUUACUGUACAGAUGAGCCCCUCAACCUGUCAAAUAAACAUGAGAGUGCUGGAAACACAAUGCACACCUCUGAAGCCAAUGGAAAGAUUGCAGACUGCAAACUCUUAUGGGAUUACGUGUACCACCUGCUGUCAGACAGCAGGUACGAGGCCUACAUACGAUGGGAGGACCCGGAGGCCAUGAUCUUCAGAGUGGUGGAUCCCAAUGGACUGGCACGACUCUGGGGCAACCACAAGAACAGAGUCAAUAUGACAUACGAGAAAAUGUCUAGAGCGCUGCGUCACUACUACAAACUCAACAUAAUUAAGAAGGAGACAGGGCAGAGGCUACUCUUCCGGUUCCUGAAGACUCCCGAGGAAAUAAUGCAAGGCAGGUCAGACCGCAUGGAACCUUCAGAGUCUCCUGACAGUCCUGCAUCACCAGACUACAGAGAAGAUACUCUGGAAGUAUCACCUGAAUCGACCCCUGCCAGCCCAAGCCCCAGCUCUGAUCACAACUUCAGCAUAUCACCGCUCCCAUGAACUCACCUCUAAAAAAAAUGUUGUCAAAAAUUUGAAAAAGAUAGCACUUUUUACAUAGAAACAUAUUUUUUUUACAUGGAAACAAAUUAACCUGUGCUUUUAGAAUGGGAAACCCAAGAGCUGGUGUUCUUUCAAUGUCUAUAGCACCACUGAUUGGUGACAUGCAUUAUGAUACCAUAGGACUCUGUAAGACUUACUGUUUUGAUUCAAGGCAGUAAAUUGCAGUAGUUAUCAGGUUUCAGUUCUCUAUAAGUGAUGUCUUAAAAGCUGAAAAAUGACACUAAUUCCCCAACACAUUGAUUCUGUCAUGUUUUCAUUGUCUUUGUCAUUUUCUUUCUCAGGUUUUGAAAAUGUGCAAUGUUGUAGAUUUAUGAAUUGAAGCAUUAUAUUGUUUUUUGUUUGUUUGAUUUAAUAACCAUUAUUCAAAUUGCAUUAAUAAUCUGCACUGAAACUGUCAAUUCA